AUGGCCCACCAGAACCCCGCGCCGUUCGUCUACCUCGACGCCGCCGCUGCAGCCGACGCGCGGCGCCGCGGCACGGACCCGCACGUGCUGGAGCAGAGCACGCAGGACGUCCUCAAGUACAUCUACACGUGCCUCCCCAACGCGCCCGUCUACACCCGCGCCGCCCUCUCCGCGCUCCCCGCCUCCUCCGGCGACGCCGACGACCGCAUCAGCGCCCUCCCCUUCGGGAUCCUCCGCAACAUCGUCUCCCGCCUCCCCGCCAAGGACGCCGCGCGCACCGCCGCGCUCUCCCGCCGCUGGCGCCCCGUCUCGCGCUGCACGCCGCUCGCCCUCGCCGACGCGCACCACCUCCCGGGCCUCCUCGAGGGCCGCCUCCGCCAUCCCGCGCGCGCCGACACGCCGGCGCUCGCCGCCACCGUCUCCCGCGCCGUCGCCGCGCACCCCGGACCCUCCCGCGCCGUCCACCUCGUCUGCGGCUACUACGCCGACGCCGCGCGCCAGCGGGACCUCGCGCGCUGGUUCCAGACCUUCGCCGCCAAGGGCGUGGCGGAGCUCGUCCUCGUCAACCGCCCGUGGCCGCUCGACGUGCCUCUCCCCGCCGCGCUUCUCGAGGUCGCCACGCUCACCCGCCUUUACCUCGGCCUCUGGAAAUUCCCGGGCACCUCCGCGCUGCCACACCCAAACCGUGGCGCUGCCGCGGUGUUCCCGCACCUCCGCGAGCUCGUCCUCUGCUCCAUGGAGGUGGAGAGCCGCGACAUGGAGUACCUCCUCGCCGGGAGCCCCGUCCUGGAGAACCUGGGCAUAGUGGGAGCCAGAAAGAACGUGACGCACCUCCGCCUCGUCGGCCAGCACCUCCGGUGCGUGCAGAUCUGCUUGUCCGCAAUCGACAGCGUCGCCGUGGUGGACACCCCGAGCCUCGAGCGGCUCUUCCUGUGGGAAACCAUGGUACUCGACGGCUCCUGUGCUAGGCUCAGGAUCGGCAAAGCACCCAAGCUGCGUGUACUUGGAUACUUGAAUCCUGGAAUUCACAUGCUGGAGAUCCGCAACACCGUCAUCAAUGCCGGGAUAAAGGCAAGCCCAAGCACAAUGGUCCCGGGCAUCAAGAUCCUAGGAUUAAAUGUGCGUUUUGGAGUCCGCAAUGAUGUCAAGAUGUUGCCCACCUUCCUCAGAUGCUUUCCUAAUGUUGAGACACUGCAUUUUGUGUCACAGAAAACUGAAGUAGUCGAUGGCAAGGUCAACCUUAAGUUCUGGCAGGAAGCUGGUCCCAUUGGAAGCAUCCAGUCCUGCAUCAAGAUGAUGACCUUCCGUGAAUUCCGAAUGGAGCGAAGCGAGGUUGCCUUCCUCAAGUUCUUCUUCCAGAGUGCCCAGGUUCUGAAUGUCAGCCGGAACUCUCUCCGGCGGCCGGAUGGAACUCCGGCGAACUCUCACAACUCUCCGGUGAAAUGA